CUGCCCGGUGGAACCCCCUGCCUGGAGAGACCCCCUGCCCGGCGGGGACCCCCUGCCCGGCGAAGACCCCCUGCUCAGUGGGGACCCCCUGCCCGGCGGGGACCCCCUGCCCCGCGGGGACCCCCUGCCCCGCCGGCGGGCCGGGCUCGGCGGCGCAGCAUGGGCAGCCUCCAGUUGCAGGACUUCGCGGCGGGCUGGGUGGGCGGAGCCGCCAGCGUGGUUGUGGGCCACCCCCUGGACACGAUCAAGACUCGUUUGCAAGCUGGACAAGGGUAUGGAAAUACACUCAACUGUGUUCUCACUGUGUACAGAAAUGAGUCUGUGGCCGGCUUCUUCAAAGGCAUGUCCUUCCCGCUGGCCAGCAUCGCCGUCUACAGCUCCGUGGUGUUCGGCGUCUUCAGCAACACGCAACGGCUCCUCAGCCAGCUCCGCCACGGCGACCCAUCUCGCACGCCGGCGCUCGCCGACGUGGCUCUGGCCAGCAUGGUGGCAGGGUUUGUCUCUGUGAGCAUCGGCUCUCCUGUGGACCUGGUAAAAAUAAGGCUACAGAUGCAAACGCAGCCGUACAUCAAAGCAAACAUUAAACUAGAGCCCACAGUUCCUGGAUCUCCUGUGUACCGAGGCCCAAUUCACUGCUUUAGGACAGUCCUACAGAAAGAGGGGAUAGCAGGAAUAUACCGAGGCGCGGGAGCAAUGCUGCUGAGGGAUGUUCCUGGGUACUGCCUCUAUUUCAUCCCUUACACAUUCUUCUGUGGCUGGAUUACCCCUGAUGGAAACAUUUCCCCUAAUCCCGCCUCCAUCUGGCUGGCAGGGGGUGUAGCAGGAGCCAUUUCCUGGGGGACUGCUACUCCAAUGGAUGUUGUGAAAAGUCGACUUCAGGCAGAUGGAGUUUAUUUAAACAAAUACAAAGGGACCCUUGACUGUAUCUUGCAGAGCUACCAGAACGAGGGCUUAAAAUGUUGCCAUGAAGACCUGGAAGUCUCCUACUUUCCUGAGCCAAAUCAGCAGUGUGGUGUUGGUGAGGGCUCAGCUGCUCUGACCGAAGACUCCCGUCCUGCACCUACAGCAUCUGUUUUCCCUUCUGCCAUGGACUUAGUCUCUGGAGGACUCUGAAAACUGCAUCAGCUCAAUCAAAUCCAAAGACCAUUUUCUUAUCCAAUCUUUCACUCUGUUGUCUAAGAGCACCUUAAUAAUUCCCAUGGUGGUGUUGGGCUUUUUCACCGAUGACAUUUUUCCCACUGAGCUGAGAGAACAACUUACUUCCCUCACCCACACGAGUGAGAUGAUAUACCCAAAGCCAGCCCACCCGACACCAUCUGAGGGAGCGUCUUUUGUACAACACUGUGUAGAAUGCUCGUCUUUGUUGUGAACAAGGAAAGGAGGAGGUGUGGUGAACGCACAGGUGCUUUUUGUAUAGGGAGGUCUGGAUUCCCACCAAAUCCUAGCUUGCUUUCGGGAUCAAAGAAAUGGAUGACUCCACCUGUACGAAUGCAUACUCAUGUUUUACAUCACAGAACUCUCCGGUUUGCCACAAUUUAACACAUUAUCAUGAAAAUUGCAAAGGGCUUCAACAACUUCAGCUUGUUACCCAAGGUAUAAAUUAAAUUGGGAAACAGGAGUAUGUUAAAUUCAGAGACUAAGCUGCAAUUUUCUUCAGAAAACAAUAAAACAAGUCUGCAUUUCAUAUAGAUGGCUGCCUAUUAAGUUACCUAACUCGCCUUGUGUAGCCCUCCAGGGACCUGCUAGAGGUAUCUCGUUAGACCUUCUGACCUCCCUGACAUGACAGUCCAGCUCGCCAACUGCCAAAUCCUGCAGACAUCAUUUUGCAGCCUUGAGAGACCAUCACUGAAGGAAGUCUCUUUAAGGGAUGCAGAGUUUAUCCCAAACUAUUCUCUAAAAUACACGGGCCAGCUUCAGACCUCCAGCUCUUUGCUGCAAUCCCACUGAGACAACUGGGGCAGACCCAGGUCUCUCUUUGGUCUACCUCUGCCUUUCAAUUAUUCCAAGAUCUUUUACAUCAUGAUUAUUUCUGUUUAUGCUGUUAAAUAUCUCCAUGCUUUAUUUUCUAAGCAUGGAGCUUCUGAUGCCAAAACCCAAGAAGAACCAGCUGUGCUGGGACAAGAGGACUCUGGUGACACUGGCAGGAGAGGCUGAGGGGUAACAGCCUCGCAUGCAGAGGGACAUGCAGCACAGCGGAACAGUCUGGGACAAAACUGUCCUCUGGGAAAUGUAUGGUUCCUCCCCGCCUUCCUCUGGAGAAGAAGAGCUCUGGAGAAAAAGCCCAGCAAUGGCAGCUUUAGCAGAUGCUCUUAAUAAAGGUUUCUGAAGACAACUUGGAGCAGCCGGCCAGCUUUCCUCCAUAAAAGGAGGAGAAGGAAAGAGAAACUCCUAUGUCCUCUUCCCUGGAUGAAUGGAGGAAUUGGUGACAAGACUUGAAGACCUCAGCAGAAAGUGCCUAAAAACUCAGGUCUGGAGCAGUACUCAGAAAUGGGGUCCCCAACCUUGGGCUCCUCUUCACUGAGGCCCGAAUUAAGAACAGAAUUGUGGCUUCCCCCAAAACUGGCCUGAAAAAGUGGGAGAAACAGCUGGUGUUGCUUCAUCUCAGGACUUGCACGCGAGGAGGCUCACAGUGCCUUUGAGCUUAGCAAGAACACGGGAAACUGUUUUUGAUAAACAAUAUAGAUAAAAUUGAUGAGCCUUCGCACAAGUAUUUGUUGCUGGCUGCAUUUAAGGAUUCAUCCUUUCCAUGUUACCUAUUUUAAUGCAUAUAGGUAAAACAUGUUCUUUAGAUGCAUAAUAUUAUAUGUCUCCAGUGAUAAGGCUCGAGGAGACUGGUUUUUCAGUGCAAAUAAAUGGUGUUACUUAUCUGCCUGCAUUAUGUAAAAUGAACCAUGAAUUAAUUAAACUGAUGAGGU